AUGGCCAAAAAACACAAGGGUCCAGCAAUUGGAAUUGACCUUGGCACAACGUAUUCAUGUGUAGCAGUUUGGCAGGACCAAAACAAUACAGCAGAGAUUAUUCACAAUGAUCAAGGAAAUAGAAUUACACCUUCUUUUGUUGCUUUUACUAAUGAUCAAAGGUUGAUUGGUGAUGCUGCAAAAAACCAGGCUGCUUCUAACCCAGCAAACACUGUCUUCGAUGCAAAGAGGUUGAUUGGAAGGAAAUUCAGUGAUUCUGUAAUUCAGAAUGACAUGGAAUUGUGGCCAUUUAAGGUUGUUUCCGGUUUUGAUGACAAGCCUGAAAUCAUUGUUAAGUACAAGGGUGAGGAAAAGCGUCUUUGUGCGGAGGAAAUCUCAUCCAUGGUUCUCACAAAGAUGCGAGAGAUUGCUGAAAAGUUUUUGGAGUCACCUGUCAAGAAUGCAGUUGUUACUGUGCCAGCUUAUUUUAAUGAUUCUCAGAGGAAAGCUACCAAAGAUGCUGGUGUCAUUGCUGGCUUGAAUGUAAUGCGGAUAAUUAAUGAACCAACUGCCGCUGGCCUUGCAUAUGGCCUUCAAAAGAGAGAAAGUAACAUCGGAAAACGAAAUGUGUUCAUCUUUGAUCUUGGUGGUGGCACUUUUGAUGUGUCUCUUCUCACACUCAAAGGUGAUAGCUUUGAUGUAAAAGCCACUUCCGGAGAUACCCACCUAGGAGGAGAGGACUUUGAUAACAGAAUGGUUCACCAUUUGGUGAAGGAGUUUAGGAGGAAGAAUAAAGUGGAUUUAAGUGGGAACGCAAGGGCUCUUAGGAGGUUGAGGACUGCUUGUGAGAGAGCGAAAAGGACACUUUCAUAUGACACUGAGGCCACAAUUGACCUAGAUUCUAUACAUCAAGGUAUUGACUUCUAUUCGUCAAUAACUCGGGCCAAGUUUGAGCAAAUGAAUAUGAACCUCUUUGAAAAGUGUAUGGACACUGUUAAUAGUUGUCUUGCCGAUGCUAAGAUGGACAGGGGUAGUGUAGAUGAUGUUGUCCUUGUUGGUGGUUCUUCUAGGAUUCCUAAAGUGAGACAGCUAUUACAGGAGUUUUUCCAGGGGAAGGAAUUAUGCAAGAGCAUCAACCCUGAUGAGGCUGUUGCUUAUGGUGCUGCUAUUCAGGCUGCUUUGGUUAGUGAAGGCAUUAAGAGUGUUCCAAACUUGAUUUUGCGAGAUGUUACACCAUUGUCACUUGGUGUAGAAUUACAAGGAAAUCUCAUGAGUGUCGUGAUUCCUAGGAAUACGUCCAUUCCUGUUAAAAAGACAAAAUCGUACCAUACAGUAUAUGAUAACCAAUCCUAUGUCACGAUUAAGGUGUACGAGGGUGAGAGAACAAGAGCAAGUGAUAACAACUUGCUGGGUUUGUUUGAUUUCUCUGUUCCUCCUGCUCCUCGAUGUAGCAUUCCUAUCAAAGAAUGCUUUUCUAUAGAUUCUGAUGGUAUAUUAAAUGUCUCUGCAGAGGAAGAAACAAAUGCUAGUAAGAAGGCUAUUACAAUAACGAAUGAAAAUGGAAGACUUUCAAGAGAGGAAAUUGAGAAAAUGAUUUUACAAGCUGAAAUUUUUAAGGCUCAAGACAUGGAGUUCAAGAAGAAAGUUAAAGCAAUAAAUGCUUUGGACGAUUAUCUUUACAAAGUGAGGAAAGUAAUGGAGGAUAAUUGUGUUAGUUCAAAGCUCACCACUGUAGACAAAGAAAAGAUUAAUUCUGCAAUGAUAAAGGGAAAAAGUUUGAUUGAUAACAACCAACAGGAAGAUGCAUUUGUGUUUGUGGACUUUCUGAAGGAGCUUGAGAGCAUCUUUGAAUCUUCCAUGAACAAGAUCAAGAAAGGAAAGUGA